AUGCUCCUCCGUAUAGUCGGUGUAGAAGAGGAGCAGGUUGCUUUCGUGAGAGAAAUUCAGAGGAAGAGGGAUUAUUAUGAUAUAUUGGGAUACAAAGGAGCUCUACUGUCAAAACAAUUCGCAAGGCGUACAAAAAGUAUAUAUGAAAGUCCAUCCGGACAUGAAUCAAGCAACGGGUGCCCAGAAGCCUUUGUCCUAGUCUCUACUGCAUUUCAAUGCCUGAGUAACGAGAAAAAAGAAAAAGGCAUUUCAACUGGAAAUCCACCGGACAAGAAUCAAGCACCGGGUGCCCAGGAAGCCUUUGUCCUAAUCUCUAAGGCAUUUCAAUGCCUGAGUAACGAGAAAAAAAGAAAAAAGUACGAUGUCUUGGGCACAGACGUUGACAGUAUUCAGGAUGUAGACGAAGAUGAGAUCUUAAAAAUGGAAGGUGGGGGCAGUCGUGCACCGGCUCGGGCUGUAAGAGAUGGAGGGGAUGUGCCGAUGGCGGGGGUGGCGAAACACUCUGGACCAGAUACUGGUAGUCCACACACUGGGGGAGAAGGCUAUGGCGUAUACGGACCAUGGCUAGUUGCGAAAACUAAUUGUAGGCAGGCUACUUGGCAGAAACAAGGGGGUUCUUUUCAGGAUAAGCCACGGAAUGGGACGAAGGAAGGGUCAGGCUCGAGGUUUGGUGUUCUAAGGGAGGAGAACGAAGAGACUGCCGUCUCGUGCUGCUUUGGACUCCCGGGCGGAUCUUGGGGACAGUAA